CCUGGGUUCUGGCGUUUCCCAGCUUGGGGGAACGCGGGCAGGCAGUGAUAACUCAGGGAUCCGUGCGUGGCCCACGGAUUCUGGAAUCCAGGGGAGAGGAGGACAGGAGACAGCACGCACAUCUCCCCUUGAAAACGGAAGCGUUGAUAAGAACUACCCUUUUGUAUGGAGUCUUACGUGGGCCAGGCGCCCUCACUUCAUCACAUGCCUCGUAGCAGCAGCAGCAACAGGUGAGAUCUGGAGACGACAGGAAAAUGGCCACCUGGGAUGAAAAGGCAGUCACCCGCAGGGCCAAGGUGGCUCCCGCCGAGAGGAUGAGCAAGUUCUUGAAGCACUUCACCGUCGUUGGGGAUGAUUACCACGCGUGGAACAUCAACUACAAGAAGUGGGAGAAUGAAGAGGAGGAGGAGGAGGAGCAGCCACCGCCCACACCGGCCUCGGGCGAGGAGGGCAGGGCUGCUGAUUCUACCACGGCCCCUGCCCCCGUGCCCAGGCCCCGCCUCGACUUCAGGACCACUUUGAGGAAGCUCUUCAGCGCCCACAGGUUUCAGGUUAUCAUCAUCUGCCUGGUCGUUCUGGAUGCCCUCCUGGUGCUCGCCGAGCUCGUCCUGGACCUGAAGAUCAUCCAGCCUGACAAGAAUAACUAUGCCGCCAGGGUGUUCCACUACAUGAGCAUUGCCAUCUUGACCUUUUUUAUGAUGGAGAUUUUCUUUAAAAUAUUUGUCUUCCGCUUGGAGUUCUUUCACCACAAGUUUGAAAUCCUGGACGCCAUCGUCGUGGUGGUUUCCUUCGUCCUCGACGUUGUCCUCCUUUUCCAGGAGCAUGAGUUUGAGGCUCUAGGGCUGCUGAUUCUGCUCCGCCUGUGGCGGGUGGCCCGGAUCAUCAACGGGAUAAUUAUCUCGGUUAAGACACGUUCUGAACGGCAACUACUAAGGUUAAAACAGAUAAAUAUACAACUGGCCACCAAGAUCCAACACCUUGAAUUCAGCUGCUCUGAGAAGGAACAAGAAAUUGAAAGACUUAACAAGCUAUUGAGACAGCAUGGACUUCUUGGUGAGGUGAACUAGAGGCAUACGUGCUCCACCCCAAAGGGAAGACCUGCCUCACGGGCUUGUGACGAGGAAGACAGCCGCCCCUCCCGGGGCCAUGCUGGGGAGAGGUUUGCUUUGAUGGCUUUGCCUCACUGCCGCCAGCUUGGAUUCUGGGGGACACAGUCUUUCAGAGGCUCUAUUUCUUCCUUGGUGUGACUGAGAACGUCCCAUCCCAUUCCUACCCCACACUGUUUAACAAAUGUAUCAUAAACUAUAUUUUUCUCACGCUGAACACUUUACUCUUGCUUGAAAAUGAACAACGAGCUGGACAAUUACUAGCUGUAUAUAA